AUGGAAGGUGACCUGCCAACAACAGCUAUCUCACACUGGUAUUAUGGGGAACGCCCAAAGGACUUCGAAAACGCAGAGGUUGCCUUUGAGAAUGCGCGAAUGCUGUUUGAAUUGCAAGGCACUAGAGAUCCCCGGAAAAAGGACCGACUCCAAACCUUGAAAACAACGACCAUGGACGACCUCCUGAAUGCGGUGAAAGACGCACAGGAAGGUUAUCACCAAAGACGAACUGAGUCUGCUUUGGGACGCUGUAUGGAUCGACUAGCGGAGAGAAUUCACUAUUACGGAAAUAUCAUGGAUGUUCUUGUGCAACAUCAUCCCGAGUUCACGUCCUUGGCGUGGGGUGCCAUGAAACUAUUGGUUGGAGCCAUUGUCGAGCACAAAAGCACCGGACUAACUAUUGCAAACGGCCUCUUGGAUAUCGCGGACGCUCUAUCUCGUGCUAAGCUAGCCACCUCUCUGUUCCCAACUUCAUCAAUCAAACGAAUGUUUGCCAUCCUAUAUGCGCAUAUCAUUCGAUUUCUGCUACGGGGGCUAGAAUGGUACGAAGAAGGAUCUUGGAAACGAGCUAUCCAUGCUGUUACCAAGCCUGCCGCCCUGCGAUACGACGACAUCAUAAACGAUAUCCACCGAACCACAGACAAAAUUACCGCCUAUUCAAGCGCAGGCAGUCAAGCGGAGCAGCGUGAUAUACAUCUAAAGUUUCUUGCAGCCCAACGAAUGAUCGAAGAAAAUGCGUCAUCGAGUACAGCCGGCCAAGCAAGAAUACUACAGCAGCUCGAAGACUUGCACGAUCUUGUCACCGCUACGCGUGCAGAACAAGCAGAGAUAUCCCGCUCUGUAUUCAGUAUCCAAUCGAUUCAAGCGCUUCAUGUGAUAUACUCCCAGUGCUCAAUCGACCAUCAGAGCUGCCUACAAAUGUCCAUUGGUCUCCGCAAUCAUCGUCGCUUCAGACAGAGAACAAAAACAACGCCCUUCUGGAAGGCUCCUCGCCUACAAUCGUGGAAUCAAUCAGCGACUUCCUCGCUUCUUCCCAUCAAAGUGCGAAUCGCAGACAGAAAGCUUGCUCAAGAUUUUUGUACCAAUAUCGUCGAGCAACUUCUCAGUAACAAAAUAGCUAACCUCUGGGUCCUGACUCCACAAAGAGACUGUCACCCUGUCAUCGCCACACUAAAGAGUCUCAUAUAUCAGACUGUGACUUUUAUCGAUGAAAUGGGAGCUAAGAGCAAUAUCCUACAAUAUCUGGACCGAUUCAAUCAUGCAAGCCUCGACGAACACUUCCUAGAUGUGCUGGCCGGACUCCUCCGUUCAUUGCGGGUUGUAUUCAUGAUCGUGCAGCUGGAAGCUAUCGAUCCACACUACGCGGAGGACUUCCUUUCCUGCCUCCACAGGUUAAUCAGGAAGCUGUCUGACAGUGGUUCAGCAACCGUGCUGAGAAUUCUUCUACUCAGCUGGAGUCCAAAGAACUUCUUGAGUGAGGAAGGACAGACCCAGCCUCUUAAGCUGUACAUGGGGGCCCGAUCUCGACGUCGGGGGCAUUUCAUGCCUAGUCGACCUCUCUAUGUACCGAGGGAAGCCCGCGAGGAAGUGGAGACAUAA